AUGGAUGACCAGUGUGCAGUCGACACAGACAGAACACUCAAAGAUCCCUGCGACAUAGAAUGGGAGUAUUCUCCAACACAAAAACUUUGUGUGAUACCUCUCAUUGCUCCUUCAUUACCAUCACCAGCAGUGCCUGGCCCUAGAUCUUCCAUCACAUUUGGUGCACAGCUGACACCAGCUAGUUUUGCUCCUGCACUGAAACAUCAAGCAGAUACCAAUAACUCGACUAAAUCUGCAAUAUGUACCAAGUCCAAGGCAAUUUCAAAAACCUCCUUGAGUGCUCGCCAGAAUGAGAAAGAUGCACCCAAUGCAAAGGUAGCACAGCCUCCAAAGCCAGUUGCAUUUGACCAUGUCAAAGCCAUGCAAGCUCAAAGUGUGGCCUUGUCAGACGCUGGAGGUGAAACAGAUGACAACAGUGAUGAUGAACCUAGGGAAAAAAAACGUAAAAAAGGUGAAGGUGCUGCAGACAUCAUGACUGUGUUCAAACCUGUGGAUGCUGAUGACUUAUCACAAGGAUACGAGUGUGAAAUAUGUGUGACAAAGAAGAACAAAAAUCUGAAGAAAUAUGCAAAGUUGCAGACUGUCUUUAAGGGCAACAACUCGACAAUGUGA